GUUCGACUCCUGGCGGGGUCAAAUUUCUUUUUAUUGCUUGUAAAUUCAUACAACCAUGCACCGUUGGAAAUAACAAAAGGUAUUCUUCAAUUCCUUGUUUUGAUUAUUUAUCCUGAGACAAUUUUAUAAUAUGUAAUCAACCUCUAUGCCGACAUGGAUAAUUAUUGCUAAAAUGUUGUUCCAAGGGUCAUGAAAUGAAAACCUGUUAGUGAAGCUGUAUAUGAAAUUUGCUAAAACUUUUUCUAUACAAACCUUUCCUUACGUCAGAGCUUUCCAAAGUCGUAAGCCAAAAGAAAAGUUUCUUUGUUCUCUACAUUAUGAUAUGCCGACCAAAAUUUAAGAAGAGACUCUGUCACGAGCUCAUUGAUGAAGAAUUCAUACUUGGGCCUAAAGGCUAGGCUUUCUCAAGCCUGGAUCACACCUUGGACACUAUGCUGUCUAUACAUAUUUUUACAAUUCCUUAUUUUCAACAAAAGUCUACAGUCAAAGAUAGAGGAUGCUUCAAAAUCAGAGGCCACAGCUAAAAAUUAUUCUUGUAACUUGAUGCAAGAAAAGGUCAAUUCCAUUCUCAAUUCUCCUAGCAUGAUUGCGAGCGUCGUUGUUAAACUCACAGAAAAAAGCAUUAAUUCAACGGUGAGGUUGCUUUUAUCUGGUUUGGUUGAUACAAUUGAAGCUGCUGAAAAGACCAUUGUUUUUUUUAUUGAAUUCACUUACGGAACUUAUUUAUGUUUAUUGCAAUUAGCUUUGAAUGGAGCUCUAGAUGCUAUGAUAGACGUGGGUGAAGAUAUAGAGCAUGCUGUGAAUAGCACUCUUAAAACAAUUUCUGAAGGGAUAGAAGAUUCUAUUAGUGGCUUUAACAGUGAAAUACAGAAAGCUGAAUCAUCUUUUAAAAAAGUCGCUUCUUGGCUUGGCGAGGAUGUAAAUUUACCUAAUAUCUCAAUUCCCCAAAUUGAAUCCUUAAAACAUUUGAGUCUGCCCUCUUAUUACGAUACCAAACUUGAAAAACUUCGCAACUCUAUAAAUUUUGAUCAUGCUAUAAAUGUCACGGAAAAUGCAAUAAGUGAGCCCUUAAAACUCGCUAGGUUUUCUAUUAUAAAAGAAUUGGGUAAUUUUACAUUCGACAGUUCGUCAAUAUCUCAGCCCAAACAGAUUCAAUAUACUGUCUGUUCAGGAAAUGAUACAGACUCAUCAAGCUCGAUUUAUACAGUGCUGACUACUCUAAAAUAUGUAGUUCUUAUAAGCUUAGUGAUUUCUAUCAUUGGUUUAAUAGUGGUGAACGCUUUUUACGAAGCCUGGAAGUGGUAUAGGUUGAAACGGAGAGCUUCACAUGUUGACGAAUAUAUAGAAAAGAACAUGUUCGAAGAUACCCGUGAUCUGGUAACCUACUUAGAAUCUCCUUUGCUUUGGAAUUUAAAACAAGGUAUAUCUUUUUUGCCUGUCCCUGCCCAUUUAAGGUUUCGUCUUCGAUGGUUUAUUUCAUACAUUUUCUAUCCCCCUGCUACCAUUUUACUUUUCGUGGGAAUUGCUUCUCUCUGUUCUUGCUUAUGUCAAUUGCUAGCAUUACGGAAAUUAAGCAAUUUUGAAGCAUCUCACAGCUCAUUCUCUAAUAUUUCCUAUCAUGACUUGCAGCGUACUUUACAAGGCAUAUCAUAUGAGUGGUCCAACAGCACAAAUCAAGCUAUAUUGGCGAACGAAAAUCGAAUUAAUGACGGUAUGUUAGGAUCUAUAUCGAAUACUGCUCUCUCUUUAAACAAUACUUUAAAUGUAUUCAUGAAUGAAGUCAACUCUACCAUAUCCUCCGUCUUCGAAGACACGAUAUUAAACAAAGCUGUUCAAAACGUUAUGAAUUGCUUGCUUUAUCAUAAAAUUGAAAAUUUUGAGAAAGCUUUAACUUGGAUCCAUAACAAGUCACAUGUUGACUUUCCACUGCUUCAUAGCGACGUACUGAGUGAACCAUUCAAUAAUCAAACUUUGAAAGAAGCACUUGCAUCAAAUUCUACAUUUUCGCAAACGACUUCGAAUGGUCUUACUAAAAUUCUUAACAGCCUUGAAAGUACAGUAAUAUCUGAAACUAAACAGUCAUUAUUGUUUAUUUUUCUAUGGUUAGCUGUAUGUGCCUUCGGCUUACUUGCUCUACUAGCUGAUACAGCAAAACUUAUGGUUUUAAGAGUAUAUGAUUUUGCAAUCUCUAAUAUUUUUAAAAAGAAAGCUGUUAUAACUUCCCCUUUCAACCCGCUAGAAUUUCCGGUCGCUGAAGACCGCACCCCUCCUCCUGUACCGACAAGAACCUCUGCUAUCUACGACUUUCAAAAUACGGCUUACAAUACUAACUAUUAUAACGACUACAGCAAGAAAACUCCAUUAUCGCCAGCAGAUUUGGCGAUGGAUAUACCUAUAUCUCCAGCAUUCAAUUCUGAUAUUUAUUUUAAUACUCCAUGCAUAGAAGAUGAUGAAAAACAUCACUAACUAAUAGACUAAAUUUUGAAAAACUUUUUUAAAACUAAUGACCAAAAUUCGUUUUAUUUAGUAGGAGCGCCACCACGUCCUCCAACACUGGCAAGCUUUUCCAUAGUUAAAGUGUUUAAUUCUACCUUUGGUAACUCCUUCUGAGCUUUAUGAGUAGGUCUCGUUAAGAAUCCGAUGGAAACAAGGUAUGAUAAGUAAAGUCCCAUUUCUCGUUCAAGUACAGCUGCUCCAGCCGACACAUCAUCUCUCGUCCAUUCAGUAUCACGCUUUAGAAUCUCACGAGCAUUAGCGUCAUCCAAGUCAGGUGCCUUUGUGUUGGCUGGGAGAUUAUCAAGAACAAAAUGCAGCAAAGGAUACAGUGCACUGUCAUGAGAUUCAUGAACAACAUACUUUUCAAGAGCAAUUCGCCAAUUUACAUAUUCUGAUUCUUUCGUACCAAAACCGAACACGCCUAAAGUUGCCAAAAACUGAUUGAAUCGAAGACGAGGAUGACUAGUAACGUGGGCAACAGUAACACCUUCACUUGGAUGGAAUGCAGAAGCUGUUGUUACACGUGCAACGUGAUCUGUAGGAACCAUAUUUACUGUAUUGUUGAUGUUAGGAUAGAGUCCUAAUUCGAUGCUACCCUUCAUCAUUCGAACCAAAAAGUCAUCAGUAUUAAUGGCUCCAGUCUUUGAAUCACCCAAAAUAUAACCUGGACGAACUAUAACUCCUCUUAAGCCACGCAGUCCGGCUUGUUUAACCAAAUAUUCGGCAACCCAUUUACUUUGACCGUAGCCUGUUUGUAACCCGUCAGCGGAACCAGAAAGGGAAUCCGACUCGGGGAUACCAUUACCACCCUUCGAUGUAAUCUCAUUGGAUAG